AUGAGUGAUCCAAAACUGAACACAGAAAAACAAGCAGUAGAUCAGAUAUCAACGGGAUAUUUUAAACAUUUUCCAUUAUCCUAUUUUCCAUCAAUUUAUGUAACGGAUGCUAAACCUCAAAUAACAUUACCAUUAGAUCAGCUGAAUUUAUAUUCAGAAUAUAAUUGGAAUCAAUUUAAUGAUGAUUUUAAUCAGUUAACAUUAAAAUAUAAUAGUUCAGUUAAAUGCUUAUAUUUUAUUCGUCAUGCCGUAGGUUUUCAUAAUGAGAUGGAAGAACGUGUUGGAACUGAACAAUGGGAACGAGUUAUAGCAAAAACUGAUCAAUUUUUCGAUGCAAAUCUGACAGAAAGAGGAAAAAUGGCUACGAGAUCGCUACGUGAUAAAAUAUCGUUAGCAAUGGAACAAGGAUUAAAAAUUGAUAUGAUUGUCACAAGUCCAUUAUCUCGAGCGAUUCAAACAGCUGAAAUAGCACUCGAAUCAUUAUUUAAAUCCAACACAAUUCCUGUCUAUUCACAUGAAUACUUACGCGAAACAAUGGGUAUUCAUACGUGUGAUAAACGACGAACGAAAAGUGAAUUAGAAUUAUUAUAUCCACAUAUUAAUUUUGAUGGUUUAAUAUCCGAAGAAGAUACAUUAUGGAAUGCUAAUGAACGUGAGACAGAUGACAGUAGACUUGAACGUGCAACAGAAUUUUUACAAUGGUUAUGGAAAUUUGUUGAUGCGAAACAUAUUGCUAUUUUUGGACAUAGUGGAAUUUUACAAAGUUGUACAAUUGCAUUAGGGGCUAUUGAAGGUGGUCUUCUAUCGAAUGAUCGAGGAUUGGGAUUCAAACUAGGUAAUUGUGAAUUUAUUAGUGUGGUAGCAAGACAAUAUAAUUCGAAUCAAGAUGAUCUAACGGACAAUAUUAGUCUUAUUAAAUGCAAAGAAAUUAAAGACAUAAAACAGUAA